GGUCCAAUUCAGUAGUUGUAAUGAUGUGUCAAAGUCUGUAUAUGUAAACAGAUGUAAAUAAACAAUAAAGCAGUAAUUGCUAGUGAAAUUGUGCAGUGCACAAGUUAAGUGGAAAACUAUGCAAGACGAUAUGGAUUCGGACGGUGGAAUUACCGAUUCGCCAAAGAAAGGACCUACUUUAUCUACAUCCACCUCAAGUUUUGAAGCGUUGGAUCCGCACGAUCCCAAUUUGAGCCGUCUAGCCACGUCCAUGUUCAACAAAACCGCUGAUUACUUGUACGGAGAGCUGACAAGUACUUUGGAGGACUACAAGUUGCUAGAGAACAUGAAUCGAGCAACUAUCACUAAGUAUUCUGAUAUGAAACAUAUAGCUGUGAAUAUUAAUAAAAGCAUGGUAGAUCUGAAUGAGAAGUGUGAUACACUGCAGCCGUACCUGGACCAGAUAGAGCAGAUUGAGGAUAGUGUGCUUAAGCUGGAACAGGCCGCCUACAAGCUGGACGCAUACUCCAAGCGGCUGGAGGCAAAGUUCAAGAGUUUGGAAAAGCGCUGA